AUGACUGAAGAAACAACCUUAUCAAGUAAUUUACUAAGUAAUGAAAAAGAAGUUGUUGAUGAAGAAGGUAAUGGACAACCUGAACCAAUUGGAACUGCUGGAAUUCCUGGUACUAUUUUUAAUUUAGCAAAUACAGUAAUUGGAAGUGGAACAUUAGCUAUUCCAUUAGCUUUUCAAUAUAGUGGAUAUAUUGGAGGAAUAACCUUAUUAUUAGUAGCAUGGAUUCUUUCCGCUUUUGCUAUGUAUUUGUUAACAUACGUUAGUGCUAAAACAAAAUUAUGGACAUACAAAGAUAUUUCAUUAAAAGUAGGUGGUAAAAUAAUUAGUUAUGUUGUUCAAAUUAGUAUUUUCUGUUAUACAACUGGAACAUGUAUUGCUUAUCCAAUUUUCUUAGGUGGGUUUAUGCCACAUGUUUUUUCUACAUUUGCAGGAAGUACUAUAUUAGUUGAUAGACAUUUUGAUAUUAUGAUUGUAUGUUUUUGUAUUAUUAUUCCAAUUUCAUUCUUUAAAAAUUUAAGUGCUUUAAAGUAUUGUUCUUUAAUUUCAUUAGCUUGUAUUAUUUAUACUACACUUACUUCUUGUAUUGAAUUCUUUACAACAUACCAUGAUAAUAUUGAUAGUCAUCCUCCUCAAGUAUUUAAUCUUAGUGUAGAAUUUUUAAGAGGUUUUCCUUAUAUGACUUGUGCUUUUACUGCUCAUUACAAUGUACUUCGUUUCUAUUCUGAAUUAAAAAAUAGAUCAAUAACAAAAAUGAAUGUUAUUGUUGUUUCAUCAACUCUUUGUUCUUUUGCUGUUUAUUUAUUAAUUGGUUUAUUUGGGUAUUUCUCUUUAACUCCUAACAUUACUGGUAAUAUUCUUGUUGAUUAUCCAACAAGUGAUAUUCCUAUGUUCGUUGCUUGUUGUUCAUUUUGUAUUGUAAUGACCACUUCAUUCCCAUUAGUUCAUCAUGCUCAACGUGAUUUAUUUGAUAAGUUAGUUUUCUCAGGAUGGCAAGAAUCAAAUAUUCGUAGAAUUACUUUAAGUUUAGUACUAAUUUCUCUUUGUAUGUUCCUUGCAACUGGAAUCGAACAAAUUUCAACAGUACUUGCUUAUAAUGGUUCUAUCUUUGGUGCACUUGUUGUUUAUGUUUUCCCAGCAUUCUUUGCAUUCCGUGUGGCUACUGGAUUACUCAAAUGGGUUUCACUAGGAAUUAUGAUUAUUGGGUUUAUUCUUGGUGGUAUUGGAUUGACCAUUACUAUUUUAACCCAAUUCGGUGUUUUUGAUUAA